GUAUGAAGUCUUCAUUUUGUUUUUGUAUGAAGUCUUAAUUUUAUUGCUAGAAAUAAAAUCCUUCAAUUGAGAAAUAAAGCCUCCAAGUUAGACCCGUGUUGCCUAUAAAGGCAUUCCUCAAGAUAAUAGACUUUCCUCAUCUUCUCUUGUAAACCCAAUCAGAUUAUUUUCCUUUCUUUAGAAAAUGCAUUCCUCUUAUUCUUUUUCUACUUCUUCGACUUGGAUAAUCUUAAUCACAUUGGCAUGUAUUGUGUUUCGUGCGUCUCUGUCCGAUGCUCAACUUACACCAACCUUUUACGACACUUCAUGUCCUAAUGUUACUAACAUCGUACGUGCCACCAUUGUCAACGAGCUAAGAUCGGACCCUCGUAUCGCCGCGAGCAUCCUUCGUCUUCAUUUCCACGACUGCUUUGUCAAUGGUUGUGACGCAUCGAUCUUGUUAGACAACACGACAUCGUUCCGAACAGAGAAAGAUGCAAUCGGAAACGCAAACUCGGCUAGAGGAUUUCCGGUGAUUGAUACAAUGAAAGCCGCAGUGGAGAGGGCUUGCCCAAGAACCGUUUCAUGCGCAGAUAUGCUCACCAUCGCUGCUCAACAAUCUGUCACGUUGGCAGGAGGUCCUUCUUGGAGGGUUCCUUUGGGGAGAAGAGACAGCUUACAAGCAUUUUUCAAUCUAUCUAAUGUUAAUCUUCCUUCUCCAUUCGCCACACUUCCAGAACUUAAAGACAGAUUUAGAAACGUUGGCCUAGACCGUCCUUCUGAUCUUGUUGCUCUCUCUGGGGGUCACACAUUUGGUAAAAAUCAAUGCCAGUUCAUUAUACGCAGACUAUACAAUUUCAGCAACACAGGUUUACCUGAUCCUACCCUCAAUACUACUUACCUCCAAACUCUUCGUGGACUAUGCCCCCUUAAUGGUAACCUAAGUGCCUUGGUUGAUUUUGAUCUGCGUACCCCUACGGUUUUCGACAACAAAUACUAUGUGAAUCUCAAAGAACAAAAAGGUCUUAUCCAGACUGACCAAGAGUUGUUCUCUAGCCCCAAUGCCACUGACACAAUCCCCUUGGUGAGAGAAUAUGCUGAUGGCACACAAAAAUUCUUCGAUGCGUUUGUGGAGGCCAUGAAUAGGAUGGGCAACAUUACACCUCUUACGGGAACUCAAGGAGAGAUCAGAUUGAAUUGUAAGGUGGUGAACUCCAACUCUCUACUCCAAGAUGUGGUUGAACUCGUUGAUUUCGUUAGCUCUAUAUGAGAAUAUUAUCUCAGUAUGUGGCUACCAAAAUGUAUUUUAUGAUAAAUAAAGUGCUCUCAAGAUGUUACUUGAUUAUAUUUUUUUUUAGAUCACUAGCUGUUGUCUGUUGUGCUUGAAGACUAUAUAAUAAAUAAGUUUUUUUCUAAGUAAUCCA